AUGGCAGAAUCGCACCUACAGUCAUCCCUGAUCACAGCCUCACAGUUUUUCGAGAUCUGGCUUCAUUUCGACGCUGACGGAAGUGGUUACCUGGAAGGAAAGGAGCUGCAGAACUUGAUCCAGGAGCUCCUGCAGGCGCGAAAGAAGGCUGGAUUGGAGUUAUCACCUGAGAUGAAAACCUUUGUGGACCAGUAUGGGCAGAGAGAUGAUGGCAAAAUAGGAAUUGUAGAGUUGGCUCAUGUCUUACCCACAGAAGAGAAUUUCCUGCUGCUUUUCCGAUGCCAGCAACUGAAGUCCUGUGAGGAAUUUAUGAAGACUUGGAGAAAGUAUGAUACUGACCACAGCGGCUUCAUAGAAACUGAGGAACUUAAGAACUUUCUAAAGGACCUGCUAGAGAAAGCAAACAAGACUGUGGAUGAUACAAAACUAGCUGAGUACACAGACCUCAUGCUGAAACUAUUUGAUUCAAAUAAUGAUGGAAAGCUGGAACUGACGGAGAUGGCCAGGUUACUACCAGUGCAGGAAAAUUUCCUUCUUAAAUUCCAGGGAAUCAAAAUGUGUGGGAAAGAGUUCAAUAAGGCUUUUGAGUUAUAUGAUCAGGAUGGCAACGGAUACAUAGAUGAAAAUGAGCUGGAUGCUUUACUGAAGGAUCUGUGUGAGAAGAACAAACAGGAACUGGAUGUUAAUAAUAUUACUACCUACAAGAAGAACAUAAUGGCCUUGUCGGAUGGAGGGAAGCUGUACCGAACAGAUCUUGCCCUUAUUCUCUCUGCUGGGGACAACUAGGGUUGGUGGCCACAACCAUUUGCUAGUGAUACAUUGUAUCUAAAACAUAACUGUGCGCUAUAAAAGAGUAGGCUGUAUUUUCUUUUAUAUCUGUAAAUUCUACUGCAUAUAGAGAAUUAUCCAGGAUGCGUGACACAUUCUUUUCUGCUUGUUUCUAUACUGUUUGUAAUGUACAGUUUUUGUAACCAU